AUGAACCUCCAGCCCUACUAUCCCGACCACUACGAGUCGGCAAAUGCUCCCCAUACACUUACCCUGUACCCAUGGUGCCACCGGCGGUUCAAGCUGCGGUGGUUGGCGCCCCACAGAAACCAUUUGACGAGGUUCCCAGCGCUGGCAGCUUGGAGCCACAAGCCCUCGAUUCUCGAAAAGAUCCAGCUCCUACCGCCGCCGCCGUUGUCCAAGGCUCCACUCCGACCAGAUCUGCUGGCGGUGUUCCCAGGCAGACGCACAAAGCGAAAGUCCAAAUUCACCAAGGAACAGGACCAACUUAUUGUGUCUCUUAAGCGCCAGGGUCGCCUGUGGGUGGAAAUUGCAGACAUUGCCAAUGUGGGCUCAUACUUGACUGCUCGCAACCGUUACCAGGUGAUCGUGGGCCAGCAAGGGUCGGCGCACUUGUGUCCGUGGUCUCAGGAUAACAAGAUGUACCUCCAGCGGCUUCUUGACGGGGCCGAGCUCGCCAAGUGGGAUUUCAUCGCAAAGGAGCUCUCGAAGCAGACAGGCAAGCAUUUCACCCUGAAGGAGUGUCGAGAGUACGCCCGGUUCUUGUUGUUCAGCAGCCCGGAGUCGAUGGGGUGA